AAACUAAAAAUGCGAUGGGUUAUUGUGUGAUUUUCAAAAGUAUGUGGCUAGAUGCGCAAGAAGAAUAGAACAGGGAAUUGAUGGCAUUUUUGUAAUUUAUCGUAUAACUAAUUGUCUUUCCAAUUUAGUAUCAAUAUUGAAUUUUCUUUUUCUAAAUUAGAUAGUAGUGAAAAGUUAAAACUACAUGCCUAUUACGAAUUUAUUGCAAAUGAAAAUUACCAAAGAAACUUGAAAUUACAAUUAGAUGUCCAAUUUUACAAAUUUGAUCAUUUACAAUGGAAAUUUCAGGAAUAUAAAUUAUUUUCAUUAAUUUUCUUCUAUUCAAGACAGUUGUAGUAAAUUAUUCUUCAAUUUUGAUAAAUAUCUAACAAUAUAGAAAUAAAUGUAAAACAAUUUUAAAAAUAUAUAAAUAUUUUUGUCAAAUUUUAAAAAUUAUUUUGAUAAUCAUUAUUAUAAUGAAAACGUACAAUGGGAUAAUUAUUAAUCUCAUCCUCUCUUCUAGAUAUAGUUAAAUUAAUUAGUACAUAUAUAUCAACAUGAAUAUUUUAUUCUGAUCCAAAUUCCUAAAUUUUGUUAUUAGGCUACUACAUUUGCCAUGGCAUACCAACUGCAGGAUAGAAAGGUGAGUAUAUAGCAUUUCAAAUUUGGAAGUUGUAUAUUAUUAGAAAAAUUGGCAAAAUGUUCAAAGUUGUAUGUUAUUAGAAAAACUGGCAAAAUGUUCAUUCUUCGAUAAAAUUGGUAAGUGUGGCCAGUCAGUUGGAUAGAAAUAACUCUCAGCCUGCGGACGAACUCAGGAAAUCUGGCUUACCUUGAUUGCCUUGCUCUUAAUAAAGCACAAUUUGACUAUUAAAAGGAAAAUGACAUAACAAAGAAAAGAAAAAAAUAAAAUAAAAUAAAAUAAAAGGAGAGGAAGACAGAUAAAUGUCUGCUAUUUGGUUUGCUCUCAAAAAAUCACUACUCUGCAAACCUCAGCUGUCUGAUGUAUAUGAUCCAAACCUCAGUGGUAAUCUUCACAACGUUGAUUCUGCAAGUUCAAUAGCAGAGAGGUCUACUUGCAGCAGAUGCAUAUCGAAUUCUAAAUAUGUCAUUUGGCGAAGCAAGAGACACAUUGAGAACCCAUCUCGUUGCAGUGCAAAAAUCACGCCAAAAAGCUGUGUAAUGAAGGCCCAGAAAAGCAACACUGAAGGCAAUCAAGUGCCUUCGAACAUUUCCGGUGCCGGAGCUUCAGAACCUGAAGGUUAUCAAAUGGUGUCCAGCUCUUUUGAAUUCCAAAUACCAGCUGAGCUCUUAAGGAAAUGGGAUGAGCAAUAUAAAGACUUGGAUGCUGUUGAAGCAGAUCAUGUAUCUAGACAUGCAGUCACCGAGCUAGGUGAAGAAGACUCGUCGAGGAGGAUUGUGGAAAUAAUAUGUCAAACAGGUUGCAUUGAGUCUGAGACCAACACUAAAGAACAGAGGAUUGAGAGGAUUUUGAAGGUUCAAAACAUGCAAAAAAUCCUUGAUUGGUUUGAAGAAUAUAGAGAAGUGGUGAAAAUGAAAGCUAGAACAGAACCAGAUAAAAACCCUCGUUGCCUGGUUGAUGGGAAUGAGCUCUUGAGGUUCUAUGGCACAACCAUAUCAUGCUCAAUCGGCAUGAAUGGCUCUUAUGGUCCAUGCACUUCGGAUAGCUGCGGUGCUUGUCGUAUUCUAAGAGAUGGGUUUUCCACCAAUAAGAAUUUGCAUGGUUGGCUUGGGAUUUUUACCUUGUCGACGAGUCAAAAUGCUCUAAAAUAUAUUGAACACAAUGGAGAAGGCAAAUCUCUCAGGAAAGCUUUAUUUGUAUGCAGAGUAAUCGCUGGGAGGGUUCAUAGGCCACAGGAAAAAGUUCAAGAAUUUACUGGUUCCGAGUUCGAGUCAUUGGCUUGGAAAUUGGAGCCUCAUUCGAACGUUGAAGAACUCUAUGUACUAAAUCCCAGAGCUCUACUCCCUUGCUUUAUGGUAAUUUUCAAACACUGAGACUGCAGAUUUUCAAACUACAAAUUAGUUAGGAGUUGUGAUCUUUUUCUCUGGCUAAAAAAAUAAAUAUUUCAAUUUUUUGCAAUCUUUUUCAUUGAAAUUUAUUCAGUGACAAAACAAUAAAUAAAAAUUUGUAGGUAAAAUAGUAUAAACUAAGCUCCCAUUCAAAAGUCCUGUGGUCAUACUCUUUUGGGAUCUUUGUGCAUCAGAAGUGAUAAAGAAAGAACAUUUUUUCUUUUUU